AUGGGCGGUAUAUUCUCAAAUUUAACAAGAAAUGGCUCGGCUCCAACUUCAGCCUCACGUCCUCCCUCACCCCCUGCCCCAGAUACAAAUGAGAUAACAAUCACUGGUUUAGCCACCGAAUGGCCCUCCAAAACAGCUACCGGGGAAGAUCUCCGAGAGUUUGCGCACAGUUUAUAUCCCGCAGAAGCACCAUGGCUUCAAAAACUCCUCAAACUCAAUGAGCAAACCGGAAUUGAGACCAGGUCUGUAGUGGACCUCUUUUCAGACCCUCGAUGGCGCCGGAAGGAUCCCCCCAAGGCUGAAGAAAUCGAUGCCGCCUGGCGACAAUACGGAGUACAGAUUGCCAAGAAAGCCGCACAAAAGGCUUUGUUGGAUAGUGAGAUUCAGGUGAGCGACAUCACACACAUCGUCGCGGUCACUGCCACCAAUGGCGGGAGCCCGGGCUAUGAUCAAAUUGUCGCUCGCGAGCUCGGGAUUUCGGCGACGACGGAACGGCUGUUGAUAGGUGGCGUUGGAUGUGCUGGAGGUUUGGCUGCCUUGAGGAUGGCUUCGAAUCUUGCCAGGGCAGCUACUAGCCAAGGUCGACCGGCUAGAAUUUUGGUGCUGGCGUGUGAAAUUUGCAGUCUCUUCAUCUGUUCGGAACUCCACGCGGCGUCAAUUGGACAGAGUAUGGGGAUUGCGGUUGCUCUGUUUGGUGAUGGAGCAGCUGCGAUGGUUGUUUGCAAUGCGGAUGGUAUGAGCCGGGAAGAUAAUGAGAAGAGUCUCCCAAGACGAUUUUCGAUUGUUGAUUCACGUUCUUUUAUCACGCCUGGGACUCAUGAAGAGAUGGAGGACAGGGUCACCAGUACUGGCUUUAAACUUGUGUUGUCAAAGAACGUCCCAAGGCUGACUUCCGCAUCGCUUUCGCGCCCGUUUGAGAGCCUGAUCAUGGAAAAUGGAAUGUCUGGUGCUUCAACAACGGAUUUUGAUUGGGCGAUCCAUCCGGGUGGAUUGUCUAUUAUCAAAGGAGCCCAGGCGGUGAUGGGGCUUCCGGAUGAGCUGGUGGCGGCAAGUAAUGAGAUCUACAGAACUCGUGGCAACACAUCUAGCGUUGCUGUUUUGGCUGUUCUGGAGAAGUUAAGGACAUUUGAGAUGAAGAAGCAGGACGUCAUUGCCUCAAGCUUUGGACCAGGUCUUACAACUGAGAUGAUGCUGUUAAAACGAUGGCAAUGA